AUGAGUGCGGUGCAAGUAGUGCAGUGUUGCAGAGUGCAUCGUUCAAGGCGGGAGGUCAGCGCGACAGGCUGCACCGCACGCCCCCGGCCCGCCCAUCGCCCCGCCGCGCUGCCCCGCGUCCCCUCGCCCCGCUCUCAAGACCUCACUUGUUUUGAUGUAAGGUGUCCACUGGCCACUAUGCAAAACUCAUGGCUUGCGAGAGAGGUGGCAAGUUCGCCGUCCUUGUCGCGAUACUCAGCCUUUGAUGAUGAGAGCAUAAUAUUUUACAACGAAGACAAAGUCGCAGCACAGCUUAGUGAGACGGUACCUUCCAUCAAGCAAAACCCAGCGAACAUGAAAAUGAUGGUGGUUAAAGCAAAAGAAGUCCAGGACGUGAUGUUUGUAUAG